AUGGCCAACAAGAAUGGAUGGUGUCCCUCCACUAUUGGAUACCUCAUAGAUUCUGCCACAUUGACAAGUAUUGUUUCUGCCGUUCAGAAGAGGGCGUUCGAUUCGAAGAGCCACACCGGCUGUAGAAUUGAGAGGUGCGAAGCAAGCAUCAUCGACCCAGAACAGUAUGAGGCAAAGCACACUGAUCCUGGAUGCAACUGCGAAUGGAUAAGGCCACCGCUCGCAGACGUUAAAACCCUCAUUAGCCAGAAUUACGUGCCGGUCAUUACCUUCCAAGACCUUAGCCCGUGGGAACAACCAUCUUUUUCCGUGGACAGCUUUCGCAACAAAGCCUAUAUUGCUAUCUCUCAUGUCUGGUCCGACGGUUUAGGCAGCACAACCGAGAAAGGGCUCCCCUUAUGCCAGGUUCGCCGGCUCUCAAAUCUGGCCACAGAACUCAUACCCGGAGGAGCUUUUUGGAUAGACUCUCUUUGCGUGCCAUCCGAGAAGGGGCCAAGACGAAGCGCAAUCGGCCUAAUGGCAUUGACAUAUUCAGAUGCACAAAAGGUCCUCAUCCUGGAUGAAAGCAUACAAAGAUUGCCGUUCUCCGCUCCAGUCGAAGACCGUCUCCUUUGUGCCCUGUCGUCAGGCUGGAUGCGACGACUCUGGACCCUCCAGGAGGGCGCUCUAUCCCGCGAGUUACUUUUCCGCUUCCAGGACGUCUCGAUGCCAGCUCCAGAGCUCAUCUCGCGGGUCGGGCAGCUCGCACUGAGCUCGGUGUUAAGCGGCCUGUCGAGUGUCAUCUACAGGAUUUUGAAGAAGAAGCAAAAUGACAGUUACUUCAGCAUCGGCGACGUCGCACGCGCUCUGCGGUGGCGCACCACAAGCCGGCCAUCUGAUGAGACGCUGGCAAUCGCAAGCCUGCUGGGCAUAGACCCGUUGGCGCUGCUCGCAGAAGAUAAGAGCGAGCGGCGGUUUGCGAAGCUGCUCGAGGCGGUGGGCGCCGUGCCUCGUAACAUUCUCUUUGCGAGCGGUGCAAAAAUGACGGAACCCGGGCUGCGUUGGGCGCCGCGGACUUUUAUGACAGCGCGAGGUGGCUUGAGCCUGACGAUCAACGAAACUGAGGCCUGUGUUUCGCCGCGUGGUCUUGUCGCCGAGUAUGCUUCUUAUGUAUUUGACGCCCGCGAGCUGGGCGCGGAACGGUUCUGGCACAUCUCGCUCCCGAAGGAAGACGCGAUGCUGAGGAUUGCCGACGCCUUCGAGCAGGAGGGUACGUUCCGCUGCAACGUUCUUUUGUUCCCUCACCAUCUGGCCACUGGUGAAGCGCUUGCGGCGGUAGGCGCUGUAAGCGUACCCGAAAACCUUACUGAGGCAAUGGAUAGCGAAAAUGUACUGCAUUGUGUGUAUCAAAGACGACUGAUAGCCAGGAGGGUACUGCUUGGCCACGGCGAAAAUAUGCUAUCGGCUAAAUGGAAAGGAAUCGUUAAGAUCUGCAUUGGCUGA